AAGUAUACUCAUGACAGGCCAGUUUUGGAUGUUUGUUUUCAGGAUGCUGUGCACUCGUAUAGUGGUGGACUGGACAACACUCUUAAGAUGUAUGAUUUCAAUAGCAAUACAGAAACCGUAGUUGGAACUCAUGACAAUGCAAUUCGAGCAGUCGAGUACUCUCCAGAAGUAAAUGGCAUAUUGACAGGAAGUUGGGAUGCAACUGCAAAAUUGUGGGAUCCUAGGAGUCCACGGUGUGUGGGGACAUACACGCAGCCAGACAAGGUAUACACAAUGAGUCUAUGCGGUGAGAAGUUUGUUGUGGGCACAGCAGGACGCAAAGUGUAUGUUUGGGAUCUGCGCAACAUGGGCUACGUCCAUCAACGCAGGGAGUCGAGUCUCAAGUACCAGACCAGAUGCAUUCGCUGUUUCCCCAACAGACAGGGCUAUGUCCUCAGCAGUAUUGAAGGUAGAGUUGCUGUUGAGUACUUGGAUACAAGUCCUGACGUCCAGAAGAGGAAAUACGCUUUCAAAUGCCAUAGAAUAAAAGAAAAUGGCAUUGAAAAUAUUUAUCCCGUGAAUGCCAUCAGUUUCCAUACAGGGUACAAUACAUUUGCGACAGGAGGUUCUGAUGGUUACGUCAACAUAUGGGAUGGAUUCAACAAGAAACGGUUGUGUCAGUUUCACCGGUACAACGCAUCCAUCUCGUCGCUGUGCUUCAGCCACGACGGCACUGUCCUUGCAAUUGCGUGCUGCUACAUGUACGAACUCGAGACGCCACCGGAGAAUAUGCCAGAAGACAGCGUGUUCAUCCGUUAUGUCACCGAUCAAGAAACAAAACCAAAGUAAAGCGUGAAAGUUGUUUGCUGAUCGAUCAAUCGACCGAGCAAGUCAACCGUUUAGUAAUAAAACUGACUGCUGGUACAAAUCUGAAUUUUACAUGGAUAUCUGCUGUUCUUUUCUAACCACCUUUGUGAACUCAUUUGAAAUAUCUUCUGAAAGUCAGUACAAAUCAAGGUCAUCCUCCGUCGGCCCAGGUCCGCGUCUCCCGUCACGAGUCGCCGUGUCGGAAACGGACUUCGCGCGGCCCAGGACUCGGUUUGGUCUAGAAUAUUUAACUUUCGCCAGUGUUUCUUUUAUAUUACGGUGAUACAUCAAUUCACGUGCUAUAGUUUGUCUUUUUUACUAUGUACAGACUGUUUCCAAAAAGAUGCCCCAGUUUUAAUUGCAGAAAAUUACCUGGUAAAAAUGUCCUCACUAAAAACACGCUGUUCUGCUGUACACAAGCUUGAUAAUUGCUGCUUCGUGACAUCGCCACCAGGGGCAGCGCAUCGUUUUAAGACUGCUGAACUACAAGACACUGAAUACGAUGUUUUCUGCGAUCAGAACCAUAGCAUCUUUUUAGAAAGACCGUAUUUUGUCUUAUCCACUGAAUCUAAUUUUUUAAUGUCUGAUUCUUUGAACUUAUCAAAGAUUUAAGAUUCUUUGAAAUUCCUUUUAGGGCCACCAAUAAUUAAGGAAGGUGAGUAACGAAAAACUGUAAAUUGCAUUCAGUUCUUACACGUGAAUCAAGAAUGUUCUUACGAACAUCUGGAAGAGUGAAGCGAGUGUCAGGAUGCUUCGGCGAGGAUCGUCCACUACUGUGUGCGAGUAUUCUUCCUGUAGCCUCUGCAUCCCACCCCGCCUCCUACCCAGUGAGCGCCGGGGGUAAAGUGUGGCAAGGGCGUGACGCCGACAUCUCGCCCGCAUCUGGCGACGCGCGGGGAGGCCGGUGGAUGUUGAGGUGAAUGUGCCCUUCAUUCACGCUUCCAGCUGUUCUGAUCUCCACAACAGUUUGUCAUGAUUCUUUUUCUCAAAUAAAACAUUGAUAUGGAGAGGCUUGAAAUAUUUUUAUUGGGAACUCUAUUUUAAAAUUAAUUCAUGUAGCGUAUGUAAUGGUUUAAGUAUUCAUUUAAAUGUGACUUUUAAUAUGUGGAUUAAGUAAUGUUUGUACACAUUCAACUUCAGUGUUAAGAUUUUAUUAUUAGAAAGUUAACGUAGUUCACUUUUGAAGAAGCGGAUUCCAAAAUGCACAAAAUCAUAUCUGAUUUUUACAGGAAACGCGUUUACAGUCAAAUGAAGUGUAACCUAAAAAAGUAUGUGUUUUGGUUCGUUUAUCUGUUGCAAAUAAAUUGAUUAUAAUUUUGCAAAUAUUUUCUUCUUCUUUUUAGAAUAUUUUUCAAAUUGUGCCGAGUCUUGACCUGGUGUUUGGAAGGCAUUAGGACUUCUUGUGGUACUUCGAGCUGCUUUGUGGUGAAGCAGUGAUCUUUGUUACAAAAACGAAAACGUUCUAGAAAUAAACUCAUUAAGAAAUUAUAA